AGACUGAUUCACAAUAAAAGCAGCAGCUGAUUCACAUUUAAGAAUGGUAAUACUAUCUUUUGAUACUGCUGGCCAUGCUCCUUGGAAAUAUUCUUACAGCCUGUGAGGAGAUACUCUCUAUGGAAUAGUCAGAAAAUCAGCUCACCCUUGGCAGUAACAAAAUGCGGUCUAGCAACUUAUGAGGGACAUGGCUUUAACAUCUGACAGUUAGAUUCAUUGUUGGUUUAGCAGCCAAUCAUUGGUUUUGACGACACAAGUCUAAUGAAGGUUGGAAUAUAAAAAGCCCUCUUGGAAUAUACAUGAUUCACCAGAGUGGUGAGUUGUCUCAGAUUGCAUUUGCCUUCAGUGAUUCACACAGUACGGAAAGAUUAAAAAAGAAUCAAAGGAAGGAGAAAGGAAGGAAGGAAGGGAAAGCACUGCACUGAAUGUGAGAUCCUGCAGAAAUAAAAAAUGUAUCUUUAUAUUUACCUUUUCAUGUUAAUCAUACCUGGUCCAGUGGAUCUUAAUGAAAGUAAUCAGGCAAAUGAAAACAUGGAAAAAGAUGGACUGUGCAACGCAUGUACAUGGAGGCAAAGUACAAAAUCUUCAAGAAUAGAAGCUAUAAAAAUUCAGAUCCUCAGUAAACUGCGUCUGGAGCAAGCACCUAACAUUAGCCGGGAUGCUAUAAGGCAACUUUUACCUAAAGCUCCACCACUGCAAGAACUGAUUGAUCAAUAUGAUGUCCAGAGAGAUGACAGCAGUGAUGGCUCUUUGGAAGAUGAUGAUUACCAUGCUACAACUGAAACUAUUAUUACAAUGCCUACAGAGUCUGAUUUCCCUAUGGCAGUGGAAGGAAAACCCAAAUGUUGCUUCUUUAAGUUUAGCUCCAAAAUACAGUAUAAUAAAGUAGUGAAGGCUCAGUUGUGGAUAUACUUAAGACCAGUCCAGAGGCCUACAACAGUAUUUGUACAGAUCUUGAGACUCAUCAGACCCAUGAAAGAUGGUACAACCUCUACUGCAAUUCGAUCUUUGAAACUUGACAUGAACCCAGGCACUGGUAUUUGGCAGAGCAUUGAUGUGAAGACUGUGUUGCAAAAUUGGCUCAAACAACCUGAAUCUAACUUGGGUAUUGAAAUCAAAGCUUUGGAUGAAAAAGGAAGAGAUCUUGCAGUAACUUAUCCAGGACCAGGGGAAGAUGGUUUGAAUCCAUUUUUAGAGGUCAGGAUUACAGAUACACCAAAAAGAUCACGCAGAGAUUUUGGUCUGGACUGUGAUGAACAUUCAACAGAAUCUCGAUGUUGCCGUUAUCCGCUGACUGUGGAUUUUGAAGCUUUUGGAUGGGACUGGAUAAUUGCACCCAAAAGAUACAAAGCAAAUUACUGCUCUGGAGAAUGUGAAUUUGUAUUUUUACAAAAGUAUCCACACACUCAUCUUGUACACCAAGCAAAUCCAAGAGGCUCAGCAGGCCCAUGCUGCACACCUACUAAGAUGUCCCCAAUAAAUAUGCUGUAUUUCAAUGGAAAAGAACAGAUAAUAUAUGGAAAGAUACCAGCUAUGGUGGUAGAUCGUUGUGGGUGCUCAUGAGUUCUUCAUUAGGUUUGCUACUUCAUAAAAUAUGGAAUCUAUGAAAAGUAUUUCCCUUGAGCAUUUUUUGAAACUGUGAAUUUUUGUACAAUAGGCCUACCUCUGAUAGGCUAUACUCUAGGCUAUUGUAAAGAUUUCGUACCAGACAAGCUACAGUAUGUGAAUUGAAAGACAUUUUUAUGCAAGGGCUGGUUAAAAACCAGUGAAAAAGAUAAGCUACAAUCAAACUCACAGGAUUUCACAAUGAAUUUCUUAUUCUGGGAAGGUAUUUUUUUCAUUUAUGCAAACAACAUAAUCAUAUACAAGUUUCAGCAGGUAGAAAUAGAAAAAGGCAACCUCUUUGUAUUCCAGAGAAUGAAAAGGAGCAGGCUAUUAAAUAUAGUCUGAACAGUUGAAUUCACUGUUGUACUUGCAUUAGAGGAUAUAUUUGUGACGUAUAGAGUGAACAGAGUACCAGUGAUUUUUUCUCAAACACUUGAAUUGAAUUUAGAGUAUAAAAACUGAUAAGAUGAAAUUCCACAAAACAGAUAAGUUCACAGAUUAGGGUAGGUACAUUUUGUUUCCAUUCCUUUUAUAAUUAGUAUGUUCAUUACUUUCUGCCAAUGGUGCUAUCAUAGUAGACUUACGAUCCAGUCCCAAGAUUUGCUGCAGGAACCAAUAAGUAUUUUGGAUGGGAUGUACCAACAGCUAGAUUACAAUAUUGUCACAAAACUGGAUAUUGUAUUGGAACUGCAGACACCAGGAGAUCUGAGGUUCUGACAGCAUUGUCUGACACGACAAUGAAUCUCCCUCUCCUAAACUACAGUUUGUCAUUUACAAUAAUUUUUAAAAAUUACUUUAGCAGACAGCUGUAUUACAAAUGAUAAUGGCAAGAAAUUGUUCUUUAUUGUACGACUGUUAUAGCCCAUAUUGCAACAUUACAGUUUGCACUAUGAUAAACCAAUUGAGAGAAUUCGUAAGUACAGUACUGUAAAAAUAAAACAUGAAUAUUUGUGUAAUAUAAUAUAUAUAUAUA